AUGAAUGUGAGCAGAGACAAGGUCGGUGACAUCUCCAUCCCGGCAGCGGCAGCCGCGGCGGUGACAGCCCCCGCAGCCGGCAUCGGCGGGGAGUCCUGCGGCUUGCACGGGGAAGGCAUGGACAGCCAUGGGGAGCAGCGGCUCUCCGCCGGCGGCGAGCUGCCGCUGUACUCCUGCCCUGGAAAUAGGGACAGGCAAGGGGACAGCCAGAGCAACACCCCUGGACAAGAGGGGGCAGUGGCCGCGCUGCCCAUGGUGCACAGAACCACCUCCUUCUCGGUGCUCGACAUCCUGGACCCUAACAAAUUCAACAGCAAAAGGAGGCACUGCGCGGUCUUGUACAAACCGGUGGGCACCGAGUUCACGCUGGGGGCAGAGGAUAAGCCCGAGGACUCAGGGACGGAGCUGGCCGAGCAAAAGGCUCUCGCCGAAGAUUUCGACACGUGCAAGAAGUCCGCAGACCUGAUCAAGGACGGCGAGCUCUACAAGGCCGAGGAGUGCGACCUCGACUACAGCAGCCGGCCGAGCCGCAGCCCCGACAGCGAGCUGCCGGACGACGAGGAGCUGUGCAGCGAGGAGAGCAGCAGCAGCGGCGGCUCGGCGGCGCCCGGCGAGGCCGAGCCGGGCCACCACCACGCCGAGGCGGGCGAGGCGGGCGCCGGCCCGCCGCAGCCUCCGCAGCCUCCUCCGCCGCCUCAGCAGCCGCCGGCGCCCGGCGGGGGGCAGCAGAGCCAGCAGGCCAAGCCCAAGAGGAAGCGCACGGGCUCGGACUCCAAGUCGGGCAAGCCCCGGCGGGCGCGGACAGCUUUCACCUACGAGCAGCUGGUGGCGCUGGAGAACAAGUUCAAGUCGACGCGGUACCUGUCGGUGUGCGAGCGCCUCAACCUGGCGCUCUCGCUCAGCCUCACCGAGACGCAGGUGAAGAUCUGGUUCCAGAACCGCCGCACCAAGUGGAAGAAGCAGAACCCGGGCGCCGACACCAGCGCGCCCACCAGCGGCGGCGCGGGCGGCGGCGGUGCGGGCGGCGCCCUGGGCGGCGGCGCCCUGGCGGGCGGCCUCAGCCCGCUCAGCCACUCGCCGCCCAUGGGCAACCCGCUCUCCAUGCACGGCCCCGGCAGCUACGCGGGCCACCCGGCCGGGGGGCUGGUGUGCGCCGCCCAGCUGCCCUUCCUGCCCAGCCCCGCCGUCCUCUCGCCCUUCGUCCUGGGCUCGCAGACUUACGGCGCUCCGGCUUUCUACACCCCGCACCUAUAAACCCACCGCCCGCUUCCCUCGGCCCCCACCCCGGCCGGCCGCCGCGCUCCCCUCGGGCGCCGGACACUCACCUCGGGCUGGGGGCGGCGGCGGAGACCGCCAGGGCGCUGCUGCCCCCGCGACGUGGAGGCGACCUGCUUGGUAAAUUAAGAACAACACGGUGGGAAGAGGAGA